CAAAUGCGGAGAGCAGACUUUUUUUUUUUUUAAUCAAGUUAACAGGCCAUCCCAGGGCUGCCCCCCCCCCAUUCCGAACCUGGAGAAGUUGCUUGCCCAGAUAAAGAUCUCAACAUGUAGAGAAGGCGGGUUUUCCUUGGGAGGUGAGGCUAUUCCCCGGGAAAGCUUUCCACACACACCCCUCCCUCUGUAAAAGGUUCCACCCUCUGGACCCCCACCCCUUUCCUGGAAGGACAGACCUCAGUGAAGUUGAGAAAAGACUCUUAAGAACAGUGCGUCGGAGGGUAGCGACGACCAGCGCGGCCUCUCCGGACCAGACUAGCUUGUGACCCUCCCGUCCCUCGCCCUAGCUUUGAUUAGCACUCGGGGCGGGGAGGGGGACCCUCCGCCGACGCCGGCCGCCAGAGCCCCUCCGGAGCUGGAAUGUGACCAGCAGCCCCAGCAGGGCCAUGUAUUGGAAGAGCGACCCGAUGUUCGCGUGUAAACUGGAAGAGAAGGACUUGCCGGGGCUGGCCGUGCCCCCUGAGAAGGUGAGCCCCGAGGGAGCCGGGGACGAGGACUCCAGCUCCUCCUCGGCCCCGCUGUCCCCGUCGUCCUCGCCCCAGUCCAUGGCCUCGGGCUCGGGCUGUCCCUCUGGCAAGUGUGUGUGCAACAGCUGCGGCCUGGAGAUCGUGGACAAAUACCUGCUCAAGGUGAAUGGCCUGUGCUGGCACGUCCGAUGUCUGUCCUGCAGUGUCUGCAGAACCUCCCUAGGAAGGCACACAAGCUGUUACAUUAAAGACAAAGACAUUUUCUGCAAACUCGACUAUUUCAGAAGGUACGGGACUCGCUGCUCUCGAUGUGGCAGGCACAUCCAUUCUACUGACUGGGUCCGGAGGGCCAAAGGAAAUGUCUAUCACUUGGCGUGUUUUGCCUGCUUUUCUUGCAAAAGGCAACUUUCCACGGGAGAGGAGUUUGCACUGGUGGAAGAGAAAGUCCUCUGCAGAGUGCAUUAUGACUGCAUGCUGGAUAAUUUAAAAAGAGAAGUGGAAAAUGGUAAUGGGAUUAGUGUGGAAGGUGCCCUCCUUACAGAGCAAGAUGUUAAUCAUCCAAAACCAGCAAAAAGAGCUCGGACCAGCUUUACCGCAGAUCAGCUCCAGGUUAUGCAAGCACAAUUUGCUCAGGACAACAACCCAGAUGCACAGACCCUCCAGAAACUGGCGGAAAGGACAGGCUUGAGCAGACGUGUGAUACAGGUGUGGUUUCAGAAUUGCAGAGCGCGCCACAAGAAGCACGUCAGCCCCAAUCACGCCUCCUCUGCCCCCGUCACCGCGGUCCCACCCUCCAGGCUGUCUCCGCCCAUGUUAGAAGAAAUGGCUUACUCUGCCUAUGUGCCCCAAGACGGGACAAUGCUAACUGCGCUACAUAGUUACAUGGAUGCUCAUUCGCCAACAACUCUUGGACUCCAGCCCUUGUUACCCCAUUCAAUGACACAGCUGCCAAUAAGUCAUACCUAAUUCCUUUUUUCAGGGAUAGAAAUGAUUAAGGUUAUAAACUUGUCAUUUAUUAUGUAUAAAAUACCAUUGAAAAAAUAUUAAUGUUAAUUUUUAUUUAACACCCAAAGCAUUUCCAACAUCACUUUGCUGCCCAGGUAGGUAAUCUAUAGUUGGCCUGCAAGACACUUUUAUUGAUUCUUCAUUUUUUUUUUUUUUUUGUAAAACUUAUGUUUACAAGAAGAAAACAGAUCAAAACAUUUUUUGUAUUGCCUGGAAAUAGUUCACCCUAGAGUGUAUCUGUUAAUUUAUUUGUCAUCAAAAGAGCACUUUGCCUAGAAGAAAGGACUGACAA